AUGCCAAACAGUUCCUUCAUCAUCAGAUCAGAACUUAGCCCCCCCUCCCUCAAAAGUGUUAACCACCAGGAGGAAAAAAAAACAAACCUCGUAUACAGAAAUGGUCUGUUAUUGAUGCACAGCUGGUUGUGGUUUUAUCUUUUUGCAAACCUGUAUGUUGGUUCGUUGCCUCUUGUUCUCUUUUCUAUGGAGGUGUCAGGAGGAGGAGGACAAAUGCAGUACUACAACACUGUUAACAAAUGUGUAUACAGAAAUAAAUCAGAUGUUGAAAGUGUGAAUUCUAUCUGCUGUCACAGUCGACUGUGUCAAAAAACAAGAAAUUUGUUUACAUAUUUUAUUACAUGCUAG